AUGGCCCCUGUUUUACCAGCGCCGGCCACAGAUGGCUCAUCUAUCGGUCGCAUCUUAGCUCGCGAGCUCGAGCACAUCAACCCGACAAGGACUCUCCCGGAGGCAAUCUCCAAGGUCCUUACUGCCCGUCAACAGAGCACUACGACAGUCAUCGCACAAACCGACGGCGAAUCAACGCACACCCUUUCGGGCGGAGCCAUCGCUGGCAUAGUUAUUGGUUCCAUCGUCGGGUUCCUCAUACUACUGUGGGUCAUUCGCUCGUGUAUCAACUACCGCAACCCGGGGGCAUGGGGCACUACGUUCGAGCCAGAUAACGAGAAGCCGGCGUCUUCGCACCGUCAUCACAACUCCACGCGGUAUCCGCGGGAAACACAUGGUCAUAGAUCUCGCUCCCGUCAUUCCCAUCACAGUCCGCGCCGCACGUCGAUCGUAAGCGUAACUAGGCCGGUCUAUGUUGAGCAGCAUAGGAGCAGGAGUCCGAGAGCUCCGCCCGCGACGUAUUAUUCUGACGGGAGAGAUUAUCGGAGGUCGAGUGAUGUUCGGAGACAUUCAAGGGGACAUUAUUGA